CGCUUGCAAAGGACUUCAGUUCAAAGUACGCACACGUUUUGGAGAUACUAUUUGGAGACAGACUAGAGCACUUUCUCUUUUUACCUGAAAAAAGUUACAGAAAAUCAUCAGCUGUUGCUCGAGUGUGGAGACGCCUGCAAACAAGACUAGGUUAUUAUACAAUAUUUUAGAAAGGCAUAUGCAUAAAGACAUUCUCUCUCCAAAAGGCUUUGUGCAGUUGACUGCCUCUUUGCAGGAGCAAAUAGCGUCUACUGUUACUUUUUAUCCACUUUUGGACAUUUUAAAUACUUUGGUCAAGAUUUUCCUCGUGUGUAAAGCAUCUCUAGGGAUCUCACCCUCAAGAGCCGUACUUUCAUAUUUUGUGCGUAAUUGUUCGACAACAUUUUUCGUAUGAAUCUACUCGACCCCUUCCUGAAAAUGACAGACGAACAAGACAAAUGUCUCUCUGACGCACCGAGCCCGAGCAUGUCCGAGGACUCUGCGGGAUCCCCGUGCCCUUCCGGCUCUGGCUCAGACACCGAGAACACCAGACCUUCAGAGAACGGUCUGCUGAUGGGUCCGGACGGCCCCCUCGUCGAGUUCAAGAAGGACGACGAUGACAAGUUCCCCGUGUGCAUCCGCGACGCGGUGUCCCAGGUACUGAAGGGCUACGACUGGACCCUGGUGCCAAUGCCAGUCCGAGUGAACGGAUCUAGUAAGAACAAGCCCCACGUCAAGAGACCGAUGAACGCUUUUAUGGUUUGGGCGCAAGCCGCUCGGAGAAAGCUGGCUGAUCAGUAUCCUCAUCUGCAUAACGCGGAGCUGAGCAAAACUCUGGGGAAACUAUGGAGGUGAGUCUCACUCCUCUCUGUCAUGACUUCUAAAUGUUUAUUUCGAGUGGCAGCGCGUUUGUGGUCUUAUUACUGAAACGAGUUUUAUUUCAUAGGCUACUCAAUUCUACUUUUACUCAUGCAUUUUACUCGAUACUGUGAUCUUGCAUCAUUUAACCUUUGUAGUAAACAUCAUUUAACCUUUGUAGUAAACUAUUUGGUUGUCAAUUGAAUAUUUGAUUUACUCAUGUAUCCAUUUGCCUUUUACGCACAGGCUACUCAAUGAGGGAGAGAAGCGUCCGUUCGUGGAGGAGGCAGAACGCUUGAGGGUACAGCACAAGAAAGACCACCCCGACUACAAGUACCAGCCCCGGCGGAGGAAGUCCAUGAAGAACGGACAAAGCGAGUCUGAGGACGGCAGCGAGCAGACGCACAUAUCGCCAGGAGCGAUCUUCAAGGCGCUCCAACAAGCUGACUCUCCAGCCUCUAGCAUAGGAGAAGUGCACUCCCCCGGAGAACACUCAGGUAAGAAGAGAGAAAAUGUGUAGUGCCUAUUGCAUUGGUCUGAUUCAGCAUGUGUUCAUCAAUGUAUAUAAAGUAUUUGACACGUUUAAUGCUGCUAGACUUUUUAUAAGAAUAAACCUGUAUGAAAUAGAUUUUUUGAACAGCUGAUGACUGAUACUAUCAGACAUCUUCUCUGUUAGUUUAACUUGAUGUCUAGACUAAUUUCUUAUUUCACUCAUGCUUUACCACUUGUAAAGCUCUUAUUUUUACUUUUAAAUUAAAUCAAUGGGUCUGCUCUUGCUCUGAGAUUUGCAUUACAGAAAUAUGUAUUCUAUAUGUAACCCACCCUCUCUCUCUCAGGCCAGUCCCAAGGGCCCCCCACCCCUCCCACCACUCCUAAGACCGACAUCCAGGUGGGAAAGGUGGACCUGAAGCGCGAGGGUCGCCCCUUACAGGAAGGCACGGGCCGCCAGCUCAACAUCGACUUCCGGGAUGUGGAUAUCGGCGAGCUGAGCAGCGACGUCAUCUCCCACAUCGAUACCUUCGAUGUCAACGAGUUCGACCAGUACCUGCCCCCCAAUGGUCACCCAGGCGCUCCUGGCACUGCUGCUGGCCAGGUCUCCUACAACGGUACCUAUGGCAUCAGCAGCUCCGCAGUCAGCCAGGCAGCAGGGGGCACCGCAGGGCACAGCUGGAUGACCAAGAGCCAGAGUCAGCAGCAGCACUCCCUGACCACGCUGGGUAGUGGAGGGGAGCAGGGUCAGAACCAGAGGACCACCACACACAUCAAGACAGAGCAGCUGAGCCCCAGCCACUACAACGAUCAGCAGAACUCCUCCCCUCCACAGCACGUCACCUAUGGCUCCUUCAACCUGCAACACUACAGCUCUUCCUCCUACCCCUCCAUCACCCGUGCCCAGUAUGACUUUUCUGACCACCAGGGUGGCACCAACUCCUACUACAGCCACGCAGCCGGGGGCCAGGGCUCAGGGCUCUACUCCUUCAGCAGCUACAUGAGCCCCAGCCAGAGGCCCAUGUACACCCCCAUCGCAGACACAACCGGGGUGCCCUCUGUGCCACAGACCCACAGUCCCCAGCAUCACUGGGACCAGCAGCCAGUGUACACACAGCUCUCCCGGCCCUGAGGACACAGUCAUCUACACACAGACUUACAUAGACUGAUAGACAUGCCCAUCUUGCAGAGCGAGACUUUGUCACAACAUUCCAACAUCUAGCUCCCAGCAAACAGACACUUGAAUUUACAACAGAGGAAGAAGACGACGAAGAAGAAGGAGGAAAGCUGGAAUUGAGAGAACUGAAAUUAGAUCAGAAUGGCUCACAACGUGCCUUUUUUUGUGUAUUGAUUAAACAUAUUUUGAGCAUUGAGAAAUCCUCUGUGAGGACUGAUUAAAUUGUUGAUAUUUUUAGUAGGUACUGUGUAUGUUUUCUUACCUUUUUUACUCUGGCAGUUUGCUAUUCUGGGGAUUUUAAACACGUAUUUGCAGAGAAAAAGCUUUAUUUUUAUCCAGUUCAGCAGUAAACCACAGUAGUGCAGUUAUCUAUUCUAUGGCCUCAAUUCUCUGGAGGAAUUUUUUACAGGCAGUCAAUCUCUAUCCUUUUUUGGUUGUGUUGGUUUUUCUUUGUCUUCCUGCAGUGCAUUGUGCUUAUAUGUGCUGUGCCAUCCAACAAAAUAAAUUACAUUUGUAUUUGUGCAGUUUAGGGUUUCUCCAUCAAUGAUUUAUUAUGAUUAUAGCACAUUCUUCGAUGAAAGAGAGGCAUGCUGUGAAUGGCAAGGGAAGAAGUUUGGACAUUAUGGUUUUGUGCAGGAGAUUCCAGCCUUUUGCACCAUUAGUGCCUAGCAUAUCAGAGGUUGGGUGAUAGGAUGUGUGUGUGUGUCAGAGUGUGUGUGCUACAGCACAUACUAUAGAAGAGAGAAGCCACAGCUGAGAAUAUACUUACCAUCUGACAGCAUGUGUUUGACAGCCACAGGAAGUGCCCUUUGACCUCUCGGGCGCCCCCUGCAGUCCACCAUCACGCCAGUGUCGUUUUACAGCCCCCUGCCUGAUCCACCUCUCAUCCCCUCCCAACCCCUCAGUCUUAACCCUUUAAUUUAUUUAUUAGCUUUAUUUUAUUUUCAAAGUAAUUAUUAUUUAGCAUUUUAUUCUUUAUUUUAUAUUUUAUACAACUAAUUAAUUUGUCUUCAAAAAAAGUUACCUUCUGGAUAUUAAAUGUCAUAUAAACCGGUCUUUUUAGCCGAGGGGGGUACUUUAAAAAUGAUACAAACUGUAAUCAUCAUGCUUUAUUUAUCGUAUGUAAAUGUUUCUAUUUUAAAUGUUUAAUUUGUCAUUUUUUGCUAUCUAGUUGUGUACGAAUUAUUGUUAAUUGUGAAGUUUGGAUUCUAAACU